AAAACGAGAUGCUUACCGUUACAAUAAAAUUCAACGUAAUCGACGGAAACGUCAAAGAGUAUUAUUCAAAAAUAUUACUAAAAUCCUCAAUUUGUGCAAAAAUCUUUUGAGGGUAAAAAUUUUGGAAAGUGUAAAAGAUUUUAUUUCUGAUUACUCAGCUGAAGUAACACAUCUUAAAACGAAAGAACUAGAGUAUAAUCAAGUUAUGCUAAAAAUUUUAGGUAAAAAUGAAUCACUACAUAAAGAGGUUGAUAUGUUAAGAGAAAUAAUACAAGAUUGUG